GAAUAAGCACACUAUUGGCUGGAGAGCUGGCGUCUGAGGCUGAAGGAUGCCAGGCGGUGCACUUGAGGUGAUGUAAUGCACUUGAGGUUUAAAGGGGCCACACCCCUUCCUUAAAACUGGCAGCACCUUUUUAAAGCGAGCAAAGAUACCCUCAGGAAGGACAGAGGGAGGGUGCCCACCUCUCAGCUUGUCAUAAGGAUCUCUGUGCAGUCAACCCAGAUGGUGAGGUUUGACUUCAUGUUCAUCUGAUUUAACAGGAUGGCAGCUAAGGGGGUCAAGCUGUUGGAGUGUAACCAUACCAAAAAGAGUGCACUUACCACAAUGAGGAAGUGCCUUCUCGUUACCUUCCUCUGUGUCUUACUGCUGGGACUUCUUAAUUUCUGGCUGAUAGGAUUCAGCUUUGACUCCAACCAGCCUAUGCAUGUGACAAUUCUGAUGUGGCACCGACCCUUCAGUGUUCCCAAUGACCUGAGCGGAGAUGCGUGUGGGGACUACCACAGCACCCUGUUCUGCACGAUCGUGGAAAAGAGGUCCUUGUUUCCCACCGCGGACGUGGUGGUGUUCCACAACUACGAAUUGGUCACAGGACGGGAGAAACUUCCUCUGGAUCUUCCCAGGCCACCAGGCCAGAGGUGGGCUUGGUUGUCCCUAGAGUCCCCUGUUCACAAUGGAGACCUGAGGAGAUUUGCGGGUAUCUUCAACUUGACCAUUAACUACAGGAGAGAUGCAGAUAUUGCUACACCUUAUGGAGAGCGGCUGGUGAACGAGGCUGAAGGAGAAGAUCCAGUGCACGAACUCACACAGAAUAAAAGCUUUCUGGCGUGUUGGGUGGUCAGCAACUACAGGAGUUCGUACAGAAGAAGCCAAGUGUACAAAGAACUUAGCACCAUAGUUCCUGUGAAGGUCUACGGGCGCUGGACAAAAACUCCCCUCAGCGCAGAAGAACUCUUGCCCACAAUCUCUCGCUGCUACUUCUACUUGGCCUUUGAGAACUCUGAAGCCAAAGAAUACAUCACAGAGAAGCUGUGGAAGAACGCUUACCAGUCGGGGGCAGUUCCUGUUGUCCUGGGUGCACCAGUGCAGGAUUACGAGGCCUUGGCUCCGCCUCAUUCUUUCAUCCACGUCGACCAAUUUGCAUCGGUAAAAGAGCUGGCCGAGUAUCUGCUGCAGGUGGCGGGAGACAAGAAGCGCUACAGCGAGUAUUUUCGCUGGAAGCAAAAGUGGAAAGUGAAGGUGAGCAAUAACUGGAAGGAGAGACUGUGUAAACUCUGCUCCCACUACGAACAUUUGCCUCCCAACAAGGUUCACACUGAUCUGGCAGCAUGGGUUCAUGCUACUGGCACACUGUAAGCCUCUUUCACGCAUAAAUCACACAAAAUAGAGCUGCCGUUUAUCUGCAUGUCAGUUUUACACAGAACCCAGCGAAAGCAGAAUCCAUCCAUCCAUCCAUUUUCUGAACCGCUUCUCCUCACUAGGGUCGCGGGCGUGCUGGAGCCUAUCCCAGCUAUCAUCGGGCAGAAGGCGGGGUACACCCUGAACUGGUUGCCAGCCAAUCGCAGGGCACAUACAAACAAACAACCAUUCGCACUCACAUGCACACCAUCCAUCCAUCCAUCCAUUUUCAACACCGCUUAUCCUGGUUAGGGUCGCGGGAUGCUGGAGCCUAUCCCUGACUUCGGGCGAAAGGCGGACUACACCCUGAACUGGUCGCCAGUCAGUCGCAGGGCACAUAUAGACACGGACAACCAUUCGCACUCACAUUCACACCGUCACUGAGUGGGAACUGAACCCACGCUCCCUGCACCAAAGUCAGGCGAGUGUACCACUACACUAUCAGUGACUUCUCACAUGCACACCUACGGGUAAUUUAGAGUCUUCAAUUCAUGCAUGUUUUUGGGAUGUGGGAGGAAACCGGAGCAGGAUAUUCAUGUAAAUAUGUGCACUUUUGCCUUAUUUGUCAUCACCAUUUCCUCCAUAGUUUCUUUACUUGUAAUUGUCUUGCACAUAAAACACAGUUCAAAAAUGCAAAGUCAUUAAAAAAAUGCGUACUGUAUCUGUAUAUAUUUUUGGAGACUUUGUCCAAACAUGGUAAAACACAUGCAAAAUGAUUCAUAUCAUGGGCGUAUUUUGAAUGAAAGUGAAUUCUUACUGUAUUAAGUGAAGGGGUAUCUUUUGGUUGGAAAUUAUACAAAAUAAAGUUACAAAAGAAAUCGUAAAUGUGACACAUACAUCCAGGGCAAAUUGAAAAAUUUCAGUCCAGAUUAGGGGAUCUCUAAAAGAUUAUCCUGAGUGAUUAUCCUGUGUUGUAGGGUGCCUUAAAAAUGAUUUUUUUUUUUCGUUGAGGCCGACAAUAAAUGAAUAUUUAUAUGCAUAUUAAAUAUUUUCAAUCACAAAGCCUUUUCUGUGUGUGUGGUCAGCACAGAGUUCGGCCGAAACACUAACCCCAUGAUUGUGACAGGAAAUGGAACGAUUGUAUAACUUAUUUCUCAAAUCAUUCAGUCAAUACAAUGGAAAUAAGAUUUUCCCGGAGUUGCCGGAUAAGCUAAAAAUUAGCCCAGCUUCUUCUUCUACUGCUACUACUUUUUUCAUAUUUCCCAGGAGUCUGGAUGCCCUGUGGCACCAUGCUGCCUCUCACAGGUCAGUCUUGGUACUAUGGCAGACAGCAGCCGUUUGUGGAAGGUUACUCACGAUUGUUGGGAGAGAUAUGAUUGAUUGUGGUGUGUUGUGUUUGUCACCAUGAGUACACCCCUCACUAUGAAAGCAGUAAGAACAUGCAGCGGAGCAUUGAGAUGCAAGUGAAGUGACUUACAAGUUUUUCGAGAUUCAGCAGCUAAGCUAGCUGUUUCAAUUUGCUUUGAUUUUCGAGCAAGAUUUUGAGAUACGAGUGUUGUAGGGUGGCAGAAAAGUCAACUCACUUGACAACAAGUAGGAGUUUGGCAGGUAGUUUUAAAACAAGAAAAGAAAGUAUAUUCAUUUUGAAUUACCACCAUGUAGUUUCCCAUCAUUAAAAAAUCUUAUUAUUGCGUGUAUUUUUGGUGGACCUCCGCUAAAUUCAUGUACCCUAUUUCCGGGUAAGAAAAAACAUGGAAAAUGGUAAGAAAAUGGAAAAUGCUAAGAAAAUGAUGACCGUUUUUCUGGAUUGAGUUAACAUACCUACAAUGAUAUCGUCUAUUUUGAUUUGAAGGUAUUUUGAAAAUGUUAGUAACAUACCUAAAAUAGUGGACUGUCGGACGUGUUGAAAAAAGAUUGGCCAUUUUCAAGAAGUUCCAUGUUGGCAAUAAAUUGCAAAUAAUAUUAACCUACAUGUAAGGAAACGGCUAGCUUAGCUGCUACGUCUUCUCCUUUCUAUUCCUACUUUUGUAUUUUCAGUCAAUCUGGAUGCCAUGUGGCACUUUGCUGCCACUUGCAGGUCAGUGUUGGUACUACGUAAGAUAAGGGUACGACGUACAAAUAAGACAUCGUGUACAAAAAAAAAAAUUACCAUCAAAUGCUUACAAUAUAUGUUAACACUUGUUGGAUCAUUGGGACGUAUGGUGUCAUAAAUUUAGUGCUGCCGUCAGACGUUUUCAUAACAGCCCGAUAGGAGAAAUGUUUCUCAAAGCUGUUUCAGAUGAUGAAAUAAAUUCACCUUAGCCUUACAGAUGCUGUUAAUUGGGUUUCCUCAAAGUCAUCUAAGAUUCAUAUCUACGUUUCUUGUGUAAUUUCAAGAUGGAAAGUCACUAACUCAUGGCCAUGGUAUGGGUCAUUUUGACAAGUCUGUGCUAGCGUAAUAUAGUAUAUGGUCAAUUUAUGAAUUGACCUGUGAGGUCAUCUUCAUGAAUUAGUUAUGCAGCAGUGUUUUGCAGGCUACUGAUAAAAGCUUUUGCAUUUAUGCAACAUGUGCCAAAUUUGACGAAAUGUGUUCUGUUCAAGCUGAUAAGAAACAUUUGACAUGUUUCCAAUCUUCGCAUUGUGUUGAAGCCUGUUCAAUAAAUAUGUUUUGGACCCAUGGAGAAUGUAUAUUAACUACUAAUAUUCUCAUUCACCCAGGUCAUUGUAUUAUCGGGGAAUUGAUAGCAAACCAGAACAGUCCAGUUUCUAUUGAUUCAAUGUCCUGUGAAUACGAUGCAGUAUGUACACAGAGUAUAUACAGUACACACUAUAUACACAUGAGCGAGAGAGAGCGAUUUACAUAAUGUAAAAAAAUUUAAAACAAUUGGCAGUGGAUCAAAAACACUAUCUCAAGCACUGUUGUUACUAACAAAAGUGACCCAAGUCACACCCACACUUGCACACAAACAAAUUGACAGCUGCAGAAACAUUUACUUGGUGGAAAAACAACAUAACAUUUAAAUCACCCAAAAAAAAAAAAAAAACAGGGGGAAAAAAAAAAAUCUGAUAUUUAAUUUGAAAAUACAUGGAUGCUGAGUCAAAAGGCCAACCUUUAAAUAAAUAAUCCAUUUACACUGUGAUAGAUUGUUUCAUAUCAAGGUUGACUUGUAAAACUGGUCUACUGAAGGAACACAUUUUAAAAUGCUGAAAACAGGGUAGACAAAUUAUUCUAAAAAUGAUGUAUGCAACUUUCAUUUGCUCAAGAUACCAGUGGUGUAAAAAGUACAAGUAUGCCAAUAAUAUAAAAUCUUGACUGUUAUUAGAAAAUAGUCAAGUAAAGGAUAGACCUCCGGAGAUAAAAUGUUGAAUUUGUGCAAUAAAAGCAGAGAAAAUUAGCAGCAAGGACUAUUUUGUCAUCAAAAUCCUCAAAAUAUUGCAUCUAAUCUCUUAAAAAACAGCAAUAGAUGUCAAAGAAACUAGAGAUGAUUAAGUAUACAAUUUUUUAAAAAAGGCACUUUUUACAGAAGUAAAAUAUUGCUUUCAUUGUGAUGUACCAAGAUUUGAGUUCCCCCCCCCCCCCUCUCCCCCCACAACAGUCUUUUUACAUCAAAACACCUGAAUCCAGAAAGUAGAACCCUACUUGAACCACAACCCCCCCCCCAUUAACUCAAAUAUUUUUCUCGACUCAGGAACAAGUAUCAAUCACCUGCACGACAAAAACACUACAUGCUGCCUCGAGUUCAAAUGCACUUUGGUAAUCUGGCCUAAUGAAUAAGUUGCAUGCAUUAGCAAAACACUUCCCAAGUUCUUGGUGUGGAGCGAUUAGUGGCACACAACUGCAGUGAUGGGUUGAACCUUGAACUGUCCCCCAAGGACAAGUUUGGACAGAGUGGUUCGUCGGUGGUGCCGCAGCCUCUUAUCCAGUCAGGUGACCGACCAGUCCAGGGUGCAGCGCUUGCUUCAGGACAUCCGGCCGAUGA